AUGAUUCAAGAUAAAUGGAAUUUUAUUUCACCAACAAAUAUUGAUUUGAAAGGUAUAGAAGCUACACUUGAACGAUUUGCAAAUUAUCCUGCAUCGACGAUUAAGGAUGAAAUCCUUUCCCAACUGGUCAAUGAUAUAGGAAUACAAGGGCGUGCAUUUCGAACUUUAACAAAAGCAAGUAGUUCACAAUGUUCUAAUUUAACUAAAUCAACUACACAUAUUAUUGUAAAUUUUGAAAAACUUAAUUUAAAAAACUCUGAGUUCAUAUCUUAUUCAACAAAAUCUGAAUUAACUAUAGCAGAAAUUUUAAAAGAAUGUGAUUUAAUUCGAAAAGGUUAUAAAGAUAUAUCACGCAACCUAAACCGUAUUUCAGAUGAUUUUCAAACUCAUAAAUCAAACCUAGAAAAAGAAAAGUACAUUCUUGAUCAAGAAGUAUCAAAUAUUCGGUAUCGUAGUAAACAUGAAAAAUCAAGUGCUAUCAAGAUGGGUAUGGUUAUCGGUUUUGGUAUAGGCUCACUUUCAAAUGCAUCUCUCUAUGUUAUUUCACCACAACUAGAUGGAGGUUUAACAUUAAUAGCGACUAUCGCUACUGGUGGUGUUCUUGGGUGGUAUUAUGGAAGAAAACUGAGUUCGAAGCUGAGUCAAGAGGCGAUAUUAAAAGAAAACGAUGUCAAAAGAUUAAAGAAAAGCGCUGAUUACAUUGAGAAUGUUAUGAAAGAUGUGAAAUUCUUUGAUGAUAAAGUUGGACUUUUCGAAACUUUUUGGGCAAGGCAAAUUGAUCAUAUUUCUGUUACACAGCAAUUUAUUAACAAUGCAAAGAAAGGGAAUGUAGAAAUAAAUAAUCUUAAUGUGCAAUCUUUAUUGGCGUCUUGGACUCAUGCAAAAACUGCUCUCGCAAAUUAUCAAGCCAAUGUAAAAGCAAUUGUUCCUUAA